GAUUAAUUUUGACUUGUAAAGAGUGACGUAAAUGUUCAGCAAAGUUUUUUAAAUAUUACAUGGACAAUGCUACAUUCAUUGCAUGAGAUCUCACGGUUUUACAAACAAUACCAUUCUUAUGUAAUUUGGUAAAUUGAAGUUAGUAUGAACUAUUCACAACAAGUCCUAGUCAACGCCUCACUAAAUUAGCAGCAGUCUAGCUGGAAGAGCUUAAACUAAAUAGUUUACUGGCGAAAAGCACAUAUUGAAUCUGUUAUUAAUUGCAAGUUUAUUUGUUGCAUGAAUACUAUGCACUUUUGUUGUUUGUGGAGUUAUGAGGUGUCUUAAUUGAAUUUUGUAUUUGUGCAUUUUUGGUAUGAUUAUUGCACUCAGACUCAGGAUUACAAAGUGCUGAAUAGGACAGUUACUGAACUUGGUCGCACUGUGGAGCUAUACAAACAGCUUGAAAUGAAACAGAAAGAGCUGCAUGAAGUACAGACCAUGACAACAGAUGAUGAUGUUAUGAAAAGUUUGGUGGAAGAAGACAAACAAAGACUUGUUACUGAAGUUGCAGAAUUAGAGGCUAGUGUAUGUGAAGCAUUAACUCCUUGCGAUUCAGCAGAUAACAACAGUGCUAUUCUAGAACUUAGGGCUGGUGCUGGAGGUGAAGAGGCUGCUUUAUUUACAGGAGAGAUAUUGAUGGCAUACCAAAAACUUUCUGCCCAACUCCAUUGGAGCUUUGAAGAACUCCAUCGCAGUGAAAGUGAGAAAGGUGGAAUCAAAGAAGCUUGUGUGUCUAUUGGUGGGCAUGGUGUUUAUGGGAUGUUAAAGUAUGAGUGUGGAGUUCAUCGAGUUCAGAGAGUUCCUCGGACAGAUGGAUUUGGAAGAAUUCACACCAGUACCAUGACAGUUGCUGUGCUCCCACAGCCAAGAGAGAUUGACUUGCAGUUGAAUUUAGCUGAUUUGAAAGUGGAAACAUUUAGAUCUAGAGGGUAUGGAGGCAUCUGUUUUUGUUUUGAAUCAUUGUUGUGUUUUUGAUCUUGCUUAC